CUUCUGUCUACUUUGUGUUUUGGCUCAGCACUUGCAUGUGUCCCUGAUAAAUUUUAGGAGUGCUGGUUAGAAUGAAUAUCUAGAAUAUGCGUUCUCUUCCUCCCACUCGGUGUUGCCCCGGUCUCUGGCAGCCGCGUUCCUGCCAUUACUCAUUGCACCUAGGAGGGUUUGGGGAUGGAAGCCAGCAAAACGCGAGGGAUCGCCUCGGAGGAGGCUCCUCUGAAAUGGCUCGGAUGCUUCUUGCUUUUCACAUGCAUAUUUUAGGUUUGAUUUUUUCGGAGGUGCUGAGUGCCUGCAUUUCCUGCGGACCCGCAGCCAGCCUUUCUUCUUUCAAGAUCGCGCCUCUUUUCAAAGCCUCUAUUCCUUAGGUUUUUAAACCAGUUUUCAAAGCUGGCCCAAGGGCAUGAAAACUCGAAGAUUAUGUUAUAGACCCCUGUGGUGGGGGUAAUGGUGGGAGAGUUAGCACCUCUGGAUGAGUGCCCUGUAGAGUUGCUGUUUGUACUGAGCCUCUCAAAGAACGGCUUUGCGAUUAAAUCCGUCCUUUAAAUUCAGCGCCAACACAGUAUUUUGGAAGAUUUGUUGUAUAAGUUAUUCAUUUGGGAUAUGUAGAAUCCCGUGGAGCUCGCCCCAGGAAUGGACAGCUCCCUCCGUUUGUGGAGGAGAGCGGUGCCAGCUGAAGCGGUCUCGGAGGCGGGCGGGCAGCAGCGCUGGUAGCUCGGGGAGAGCCGGGGCAGGGCCGAUCCCGCCGGCUGUCCGCAGCCAUGCCGUUCGGGCUCAAGCUGCGGCGCACCCGGCGCUACAACGUGCUCAGCAAGAACUGCUUCGUGACCAGGAUCCGUCUGCUGGACAGCAACGUGAUCGAGUGCACCCUGUCCGUGGAGAGCACGGGCCAGGAGUGCCUGGAGGCUGUCGCGCAGAGGCUGGAAUUGCGCGAGACUCACUACUUCGGCCUUUGGUUUCUCAGCAAGAACCAGCAGGACCGCUGGGUUGAACUGGAAAAGCCUCUGAAGAAGCAGCUGGACAAAUUUGCCAAUGAGCCUUUGCUUUUCUUUGGGGUGAUGUUCUAUGUGCCCAGUGUUUCCCGACUGCAGCAGGAGGUGACAAGGUAUCAGUAUUACCUACAGGUGAAAAAGGAUGUUCUUGAUGGGCGAUUGAUAUCCUCCUUCGAGCAGGGGAUUCGACUGGCUGGCCUGGCAGUGCAAGCGGAUUUUGGAGACUAUAAUCAGUUUGAAUCUCAUGACUUCCUCCGAGAAUAUGUCUUGUUUCCUAUGGAUUGGACCCAGGAUGAAGCUGUCCUGGAGGACCUGACUCAGAAGGUUGCCCAGGAGCACCGAACUCACAGUGGCAUUACAGCAGCAGAGGCUGAGCUAAUGUACAUCAAUGAAGUGGAACGUCUGGAUGGGUUUGGACAGGAAAUUUUCCCUGUGAAGGAUAACCAUGGAAAUGACAUACACCUUGGUAUUUUCUUCAUGGGCAUCUUCAUAAAAAACAGAAUUGGAAGGACAACUGUGAUCUAUAGGUGGAAUGACAUUGGGAAUAUUGCUCAUAACAAGUCUUCAAUUGUUCUAGAGUUGAUCAACAAAGAAGAGAAUGUACUCUUUCACACAGACGAUCUUGAAAAUGCUAAAUAUAUUUCACGUCUCUUUGCAUCAAGACACAAGUUUUACAAACAGAACAAAAUCUGCACAGAACAAUCAAAUUCUCCUCCCCCUAUCCGACGGCGGCCAACCUGGAGUAGGUCAUCUUUGCCAAGACAACAUCCUUUUAUACUGCCUCCUAUGCAUGUCCAGUGUGGAGAACACUACACUGAAACACAUAAUUCACAAGAUAGCAUUUUCCAUGGAAAUGAAGAAACUUUCUACUGUAGGUCUCAGACCAGUUUGGAUAGGUGUCCAAUGGACUUCAGCUACUUGAAUGGUAAUGGACCCAAUGGGAGUGUAUGCAGUGCCCACAGCAUGAACUCCCUCAAUCGCUCACAGAACUUCAUCCAGGCAUCUCCAAUGUCCUCAAAUCUGAGCAUCCCGGGGAGUGACAUCAUGAGAGCAGACUAUAUCCCCAGCCACAGACACAGUGCAAUCAUCGUCCCAUCUUACAGGCCAACUCCAGAUUAUGAAACUGUCAUGAGGCAAAUGAAGAGAGGGGUGAUCCAGAUGGACAGCCAAAGUCAGUCUUUGAGGAAUCUCAAUAUUGGAAACACACAUGCUUACAACCAGCCAGAGGACCUAGUUUACAGCCAGCCUGAGAUUCGAGAGAGGCACCCUUACACAAUCACCUACGGACCCCAGGGGGGUGCCUAUAACAAGCCCGUGGUCCCGUCUGACCAAAUGAACCCCAACAACGCUGCCCAGAACAAGGCGGCAGCCAGCGCCAUAUCCCACACGGUCAGCACCCCAGAGCUGGCCAACGUGCAGCUGCAGAGCGGCCAGAGCUACAACACCACGCACAUGCUCAAGAACUAUCUCUUCAGGCCCCCGCCUCCGUACCCGUGCCCGCGCCCCGCCACCAGCACGCCCGACCUGGCCAGCCACCGGCACAAGUACGUCAGCGGCAGCAGCCCCGACCUGGUCACCCGCAAGGUGCAGCUCUCGGUGAAGACCUUCCAGGAGGACAGCUCGCCUGUGGUGCGCCAGUCGCUGCAGGAGGUCAGCGAGCCCCUCAUGGCUGUGAAGCACCACGCGGCUGUCAACAAGCGCCACAGCCUGGAGGUCAUCAGCAAUAUGGUGCGCGGCAUAGAAGCCAUGGCCCUGAAAACUUUGAACGCCCCUCUGCCACGCAGGAACACUCUGCGGGAGCAGGUGCAGCCGGAAGAGCCGGUUCAGAUGGGCCACGAAGUUCAGCAGGUCCCUCACUACCACCACAAAAAGACGUUUUCCGAUGCCACAGUGCUGAUACACAGCAGUGAAAGCGAAGAGGAAGAGGAAACACAGGAAUCUGUGUCCCGGAUAGCAGCCCUCCACGAGAACAUGGAGUACAGUGCUCAGCUGCAAGCUGCCUUGGCUAGAAUACCAAAUAAACCUCCUCCGGAGUACCCUGGGCCUCGUAAAAGUGUCAGCAACGGAGCGCUGAGGCAGGACCACGUUAGCAUUUCUGUGGCUGUGGCCAGGGCCAAGGCCAUGAGGCCGGGGCCUUCCAAAGCCAUCAGUGUCUCUCGAACUGAUCAAGUGGCAGUAAAUGGGUCUUCACUGGGGCCCUCUAUCUCAGAGCCUGACCUCACCAGUGUGAAGGAGCGGGUCAAGAAAGAGCCGGUCAAGGAAAGGCCUGUGUCUGAAAUGUUUUCUAUCGAGGACAGCAUUAUAGAAAGAGAGAUCAUGAUGAGGAAUCUAGAAAAGCAGAAGAUGGCAGGCCUGGAGGCCCAGAAGAGGCCCUUGAUGUUGGCAGCACUGAACGGACUCUCAGUUGCUAGGGUUCCAGUGCCGGAGGACAGCCAGGAUGAAGUCACCAAGGUGCCAAUGGAUGAGAGGUGCAAAAUCCUGAGGAGGAAGCUGGAGGAGGGGAUGGUGUUUACAGAAUACGAGCAGAUUCCAAAGAAGAAGGCAGAUGGGAUCUUCACCACUGCUGCCCUGCCUGAGAACACGGAGCGCAACCGCAUCAGGGAGGUCGUUCCUUACGAGGAGAACCGCGUGGAGCUGGUGCCGACCAAAGAGAACAACACAGGCUACAUCAAUGCUUCACACAUAAAGGUGACUGUAGGUGGAGAGGAGUGGCACUACAUUGCUACCCAAGGGCCCCUGCCACACACAUGCCAUGACUUCUGGCAGAUGGUGUGGGAACAGGGGGUGAAUGUUAUAGCCAUGGUCACAGCUGAGGAGGAGGGAGGAAGAAGUAAGAGCCAUCGCUACUGGCCUAAGCUGGGCUCUAAGCACAGCUCAGCCACCUACGGGAAGUUCAAGGUGACAACCAAGUUCCGCACGGACUCUGGCUGCUUUGCAACUACUGGUCUGAAGGUCAAGCAUCUUCUCUCUGGGCAGGAGAGGACAGUGUGGCAUUUGCAGUAUACUGACUGGCCAGACCAUGGGUGUCCAGAAGAAGUCCAAGGCUUUUUAUCUUACCUGGAGGAGAUCCAGUCAGUGCGUCGGCACACCAACAGCGUGCUGGACAGCAGCAACACCUGCAACCCUCCCAUCGUGGUGCACUGCAGUGCAGGCGUGGGCAGGACUGGCGUGGUCAUCCUCACAGAGCUCAUGAUUGGCUGCUUGGAGCAUAAUGAGAAAAUGGACGUUCCUGUGAUGCUGAGACACCUGCGGGAGCAGAGGGUGUUUAUGAUCCAGACCAUAGCCCAGUACAAAUUUGUCUACCAAGUGCUCAUACAAUUCCUGCAAAACUCGAGACUUAUUUAAUCUUUUCAAACAUCCCAGACCCAGCAUUGUGGAUCUGACUGAACCUUACUGAUGAACUGCCUUGACAACACUGUGUGCAUAUAUUGCACUUUUUAAAGUUGUCUUGAAAGUAAGGAAUGAUGGUUCUUUACUAGUCUCCCAUGGAUUAUUUUAUACAAGAUAUAAUUUAUUUUUCUUGGAAUAACUUUUGAAUUACUUUCAUAACUCAUAAAACUUAUAGUGACCUUGAAAGUGAACCACAUUUGACAUGACUGGUCUGCAUUGUAACAUGUCUGUAAGGAAAGCAAUCCUUUGUAAAGGUAGUUUGCUGGCUUUUAUUUUCCUACACGGCUUCUGAAACCCACAGUUAUUUGGCAGUGGGCUUUUUUUCAUGUAAGGACCUUCUGGACCCAGUGUGUGGCUUCUCUGGUGAAAGCAAGACCUGCUAGAUGUCAGCUAUGUGUGAGUGGAAGCUGAGGGUGCACAGCUUGGAGACCCGAGCUCUGCACAUGCAGCCGGGCAUGUUACAGAGGGCUUGAGCACAGGACAUUGUGAGGACAGAGAGUUUUGGGUGCUGAACUCUUCAAAUUCCACAAGAAUUAUGGUUUUAGAUUAGUCCUUGAAAAAAAUCAAUAUUGUAUCUUUUUAAGGAAGCUUUUUGCUGGCUGUGUGCAACCCUUGAAGGGAACCAUAAGAAGCAAUGUAGGGUGAAGUGCAGUGACCUCCAGCAGGCUGAAGUCAGUGAAAGACUCUUUCCAAUAACUCUGGUGAUCUGAGAGUUUAACAGCAGAGCAUUUUCAACCAAACACAUCUGGAUAAAAAGCCAAAUCAAGCACCUUCUCACAAAUUACACUGAAAGUGUUAUUGCCUUGAGGCUCACCCUCUGCAGGCAAGGAAUCUCAUUUAAAUUAGGCAUCCCCAGUUGCCUUAGUCUUCAUGUGUGAACUAUUGUUGGGUGGUUAGAGAAGGAGUCAGGCUAGAGAGGUGCCUUGGAGGUCUCUGACCCAGCCACACUCACCCCACUGCUGACUUGAAACUUGGAUAGGCUCGUGCAGGGUAACAUCCAGUUUCAGAAUUCUCAAGGGUGACGAUUUCACAGCCUCUCAGGGCAUGUGACACAAUGCAGUUACUUUGUUGUAGUGAAAUCACCUUUCUUGGUAUCCCUUCCCCAGAUGCUUCUAAUAUUUUAAUCCUACUGUUGCUUUUCUGUUGCAUCCCCACCUCCAAACCCUGGUCAAUGUACAAGGGCCUAAGCCUGCAAGCACUCUUAAUUAGCACUAAAGGAACUAAAAUUAAUGGGGAGCUUAAGGCAAGGUUCUGUACCAGAAUGUUUCUUGAAUGUAUUUAAAACUGCACUGUGUUGAAUUGGUGCUGUGCAAUACAGGCCUAAGAUGAUGACAAAGUCUGGUGAAGACUUGUAAACCAUCAACAAAUGGAGAGGAAUUAUUUUGUUGUAAUAGCUUGACCAUGUUCCUUUCAGGGAUCAGUUGAGCUUUCAGUCAACUUCAGUUUUCCUCUAAUUUUUUUUCUGCCAGUGCCAACAUAUCUCUUGUUAAAUUAGCAGCAACCAUUUAAAG